GUUCACUGAAUCACAGAUAUGACUAAACGGCGACACUGACACAAACUAACCGCCGCUCGUGCAGGAGUUUGAUACAUUGUUUCAUCCCGCCGCGGAUUCUAGUUUUUAGUUUGAUACAUUGUUUCAUUACGUCUGCGGAUUCGAUUCUUUGAGACAGUGUUCCAUUCGAAUCCGAAUUCUUUUUGAUACAUUGUUUCAUCCCGCCGUGGAUUGGAAUUAUUUUUUGAUCAAUUUUACUAUUUCGCCGCGGAUUCGAUUUGUUUGAUACAUUGUGUCAUUCCGGCGCGAAUUGGAACUCUUGUUACAUUGUCAUCACGCCUGCAGUGAUUGUGUUCCUGUGAUGAUAAUGAUGGAGCGCUGGAAGGGGAGAGUCGCGCUGGUUACCGGAGCUUCUGUCGGUAUAGGAGCGGCUGUGGCUCGCGCUCUGGUCCAGCACGGGAUGAAGGUGGUCGGGUGCGCUCGGAACGUGGACAAAAUCGAGAAGUUGGCGGCGGAGUGUCAGAGCGCAGGGUACAGCGGUAUCCUCAUCCCGUAUAAGUGUGAUCUGUGCAAUGAAGAAGAGAUUCUGUCCAUGUUUUCCGCCAUUAAGACGCUUCAUCAGGGAGUGGACGUGUGCAUCAAUAACGCCGGUCUGGCACACAAUGAGCCUCUGCUCAGCGGACGGACAGACGGCUGGAGGAAUAUGAUUGAUGUGAACAUUCUGGCACUGGCCAUCUGCACACGGGAGGCCUAUCAGUCCAUGAGAGAGAGACAUGUAGACGACGGACACAUCAUCAACAUCAACAGUAUGGGUGGACACAGGAUGGUGUCCAGCGCUGAUGAACACUUCUACUGUGCCACUAAAUAUGCCGUGACUGCAAUGACAGAAGGACUGAGACAAGAGCUGCGGGAGGCCAAAACACACAUCAGAGCCACGUGUAUAUCACCUGGAAUAGUGGAGACUGAGUUUGCUUUUCGGCAUCAUAACAGCGAUCCGGAGAGAGCCGCGGCUGUUUAUGAAAGUAUAAAGUGUUUGAAAGCUGAAGACAUCGCCAGCGCCGUCACAUACGUGCUGAGCGCUCCUGCGCAUGUUCAAAUCGGUGAUGUGCAGAUGCGGCCGGUCGACCAAGUGUCGUAGGAUUAACAUGAGGGACACCUGCUGGCUAAAACACGUGUAACAACUAGAUUUAAAGAACUGAUUGAAGGGAAUUUUGUUUGCAGAUCAGAUCAGAUCAGAUCAAAAGUGUGAAGGACGCAGUGAUCUGACGCCAUGCUCGGGCCGGAGAGCACGGGUUUACCUCCGUUUAACAUUACCGUCUCUGCUGCUGUCUCAGAUUUAACAGGAAAGUCUCUCUGCAUUGUUAAAAACACACUACAAACUGGAAGACGUGAUGAUGUGUGUUUGACAGCCUAUGCAGAGAUGAACUGCACAUUAUUUUGGCCUUUUUUUUUUUUUUUAGGUCAUAUUGCAUAGGGGUCUGUUGAAGAGUGUGACGGGAAGUCCAUUGUUGCCGGUAGUAUGGAGCUAACUAUGUGACAAAACUAUUUGAAUUUUAUGAAGUCGAAUUGGUGACAAAAAUAUUUUUUAGUAAACAAGUACAGUUCAUAUAUAAGUACACCCAUCACAAAUCUAUAUUUUAGGUUAAUGGUUAUGCUAUAGAAUAUUAUAUUUGGGCAUAUUAGAUUAGAUAGAAUUGGAUUAUUCAUCAAUGAAGCCAAAUCUGUAGAUAAUCUAACAAAAUAACUGUACUGUACACUCAAAUGUAUAUGUUAGGGAAAAAUAUUUGAUAAAAAUUCAACAACAAAAAAAAA